ACCCAAUACUAAACUAUUGUUAUAAAGAUGCUUUCAGUUGACAGUGUAUAAAAUACCAUACAUUAUAUGUAACGAAAUCUUUUCAGCCAUGGACUCGGCGAGUGUAGUUAUUCUCUGUAUUUGUUUUGCAUUGUGUUAUGCGGGGCGAGAGUUACGAACAUACAGAAACAGCUCAUGUAUACGACCUUGUGAAAUUAACCAACCUCGCGAGUGUGUGUAUGAGUUUGAUCUGGAGCUAUAUUUCACACUUACAAAGGCGUGUUACGGAUGUCCCUUUAAUACUACUGACUGCUUUCGGCCUCAUUGUAUACCGGCGGAUGGAGUUCCACGUGGUAUUCUCGUGGUUAAUAGAAUGUUGCCCGGUCCUGCUAUACACGUCUGCGAAGGUGACACUGUUAUUGUAAAUGUUGUAAACGACCUUGCUGGCGGAGAGGGAACCAGCAUACAUUGGCAUGGUAUCCUACAGCAUGGUUCCCAACAUAUGGACGGGGUUGGCAUGGUUACACAAUGCCCAAUACAAGCGGAAACGUCGUUUGAAUACAGAUUCAUUGCUGAAAAUCCAGGGUCUCAUUUUUGGCACGCACAUCUCGGUAUGCAGCGAACAGAUGGUAUAUUUGGUGCAUUUGUGGUCCGGCAAGCAGACGGCAACGAAGACCAUUUAGGACUGUACGAAGAGGACCUUCCAGAACAUACGAUUGUUAUCAAUGAUUGGAUAGGUGAAAUAGGUAUCGAGAGAUAUGCUCACUACCAGCAUUCCGACGGCGACGACGAACCGGAAUCUAUACUCGUAAAUGGAAAGGGAAUGUAUAGAGAGUUUGUUAACACUGUUGACCAAACCAAGGUAUACACGCCUGUAGAAGUGUUUCAUGUUACUCGAGGCAAACGGUACCGGUUCAGAGUUAUCAGCGCUGCAACUAUGAAUUGUCCAAUUCAAGUCUCCGUUGACGAGCACACUGUAACAAUGAUAGCUUCCGACGGAGGUGCAUUUGAAAAGAUCGACGUAGAUUCAUUCACCAUUUUCGCUGGCGAAAGAUAUGACUUUGUGCUGAAUGCGUCAAUGCCCGUCGACAACUACUGGAUCAGGUUAAGGGGUCUCGCCGACUGCGGGGAAAAGAAAGCUACACAAGUUGCUAUUUUACGUUACAAUGGUGCACAGAGCAAGAAUCCUUCCGGAACGAUAACUUGGGAAGAUGGUGAUCGUGAAGGGAAGCUGUUGAAUCCUCUGAACAAAAAAGCCAACGACACAUACAUACCCGUGGUAAAUCUGAAAUCGCUUGUUGCCGGUGGGGAUGCCUUAAAAGCGGUACCAGAUAAAAAGUUUUACCUGGCUAUGGACUUCAACAAGGUGGAUAACUAUUAUUACCAACAUGAGACCUACUAUCCGAUUUCUGCAACAAAACAAUCUCUGCAAACAUACAUGCCACAAAUAAAUCGAGUGUCUUUGACUUUGCCUCAUUCACCGCCAUUGUAUCAACAUGAAGAGCUGGACGAGAACAUAUACUGUAACUACGAGACUCUGGGGUCACGGAAUUGCUCGAGGGAAUUUUGCGAAUGUGUUCACCGGCUGAAGGUUGACUUAGGUGAUGUCGUAGAAUUUAUUAUCAUAGGCGAAAGUGUGAAUAUCCAAGCCAACCACCCAAUGCACAUACACGGCUACAGAUUCUUUGUUGUUGGAAUGGACAUUGUAGGUGAAACAACCUCGAUGGAGGAGAUCAAACAACUUGACAACGAAGGUAGACUUGCUCGUAAUCUCGUUGAUCCCGUUGCUAAGGACACGGUAACAGUCCCUGAUGGUGGAUAUACUAUUGUCCGUUUCCAGGCCAACAACCCAGGUUUUUGGUUUUUCCACUGCCAUAUUCAAUUUCAUCUUUCUAUCGGAAUGGGAUUGCUUGUCCAAGUUGGGGAAGCUGAGAACAUGCCACGUGUUCCUCACGAUUUCCCUAGAUGUGGUAACUGGAAGUUUACAGAUAAAAGAUCAGAUGGUUCAGAAAAUAAGAAAUGCACAAGUGGAGCUUCUGUGUUUGCAUCUACACAGUUAAUGAUUUUAGUUGUUGCGACGAUGCAAACAUAUUUAUCACAAUAGCAUACAUGUUACCGAUUGUUUUCGCAUAGACUGCCAUGACAACCUGAUGUGUACAACUUUCUGUAAAUCAAAAAAACGGGCAAA